AUGGAGUUGGAAAUUGUCUCUGGCUCUGUUCCAAAUCCCAGAUCUGAAACUACUGUUGUUGGAUCUGUAACAGAUGCUCACUCCAACUCUACGGUGAAUCUUACUGUCUUGUCACCCAAGACUAGCUCUCCUUUGCAAACCAACAAAGCCAUCUCACCUACUCACACAUCUACUGCCAACCCGUCCAACCACCACCAUUCAAAUGCGACAGAUACAAAUCGUGUAUCUGCCACUUUACCUCCAAACCCUGUAACCGCUGAACCCAAACCCGCUGAACCCAAACCCGUCUCAGCAACUACUCAAUCUGGUACUCAACCCAAUGCCCAUUCCUUUCCCACUCUUGUUGAAAAAAUCCGAAGGUUUGAAGAUAAAUCCUUGAAACGACUAGCACCUGCUACCACCUCAGCUACAGAUAGACCAACGGUACUAAUCCCUGAUGAAGUCUUUCAGAAAGGAGCAGCAUUGCACAAGGACUUCAUUGUUUGUAUUUUCAAUGGUCGACCUCCGCCCUACAGUCAAAUCCAAAGUGUGUUAAACCACAUGUGGGGCAAAGGUACUAGACCGGAAAUACAUAACAACCCGGCCUCUCGCAGUCUCCUAGUUUGCAUCACUAGUGACUACUUGAAGAAAAAAAUAUUGGAAAAAGGCUACUGGUAUGUAGGAGAUUCGAUGUUCCAUACCGAGCAGUGGACAUCAACUCACUCAACUAAAGCUCCCUCUUUCAAGUCGAUCCAGAUAUGGGCUCACUUAACUGGCAUUCCACUGGAUGUUAGGCAUCAGGAUGGGCUCAGUUUGGUAGCAGGUCUUGUUGGUGAACCUAAGGAAACAGAUGAUUUCACAAAAAACCUUGUUAGUCUCUCCCUCUCACAUGCUAAGGUCGAAGUGGAUUUAACCAAGGCCUUACCUGACGUAGUUGAAUUCACUCGGCAAUCAGGGGAGGUUGUUGAAGUCACUGUCUCAUACCCUUGGCUUCCUCCAACCUGUUCUCAUUGCAAGGAGAUGGGUCAUAUAGCCAAAAACUGCCUCCUAAUCCCUUUACCACAAAAAAACCCUCCAAUCAUCCCACCUUCCAAAACUCCAUCCAAGACACCUACCUCCAAAACACCAGCCAAAAUUCCCUCAAAAACACCAUCUGUUCUUUAUUAUCGCCCAAAAACCAUCCCAAUAAAAGUUACUGGAGAUGCAAUUGAAGUGAAUUCUCCUGGCUUUACUCCCUUGGCUCCUAUUGCAGACCUACCCUCUCCUUCUCUAAUCGCUCCUCCAUCUACGUUACCCUCUACCUCUUCCUCCCCUGCUGAACCAGACCCAUUUGCAACUAACCAUGCCUCCGACGAGGAUGGUAGAAUAGUCGUUAUUUGGAAAGAUGAUGUCCGUGUCAGGAUACUGCAUCAAUCAAGGCAAACUCUAACCUGUGAAGUCACGCUCCCAACAACCCAUCCCUUCAACUACACGGCAGUUUAUGCCUCAAACUUAAGAACAGAGGGGAUUCAUCUGUGGGUGGAGCUUCUGGACAUUUGGCAAUCUCACCAGCUACACCUGCAGCCUUGGAUCCUUGGAGGUGACUUCAAUGAGAUUCUUAACCCUUUUGAACACUCCCUCUCAGAAUUGGAAGUCUUUGAUCUUCGCUUCCAAGGACCGCUGUACUCUUGGAGUAACCACUGCCCCGAGAGCCCAAUAGCCAAAAAACUAGACCGUCUGCUUGUAAACUCCAACGUCAUCUCUGCCUUCCCCAACUGUUCUGCGACAUUCCACCCUCCUCUCUUUUCUGAUCAUAGCCCUUGUGUUCUAGACCUAGCUCACCCCCUCCCCCUUGGUGGUACCAAACCCUUCCGUUUCUUCAAUUACCUCACCCACCACCCCUCUUAUCACCAACUGGUAAAUGAGACAUGGAAUCUUGCCGGAAGUUUGGCACUAAAUCUCACUAAACUGAGCUGGAAGCAAAAGAGUGUAAAGGGAGUGUUAAAACAACUGAAUAGAGAAAAUUACUUUAAUAUUCAAGUGAGAGUUUUAGAAGCUAGCAGUUUGUUACAGUCCGUGCAGGUGCAAGCUCUCAACGAUCCUUCCACUACUACCUUUGAAGAAGAACGAAGAGUGCAUGAGAACUGGGUGUUCUUGAGGGACAUUGAAGAGAGUUACUCCAGGCAGAAAUCGAGGAUCAACUGGCUGUUAGAAGGGGAUCAGAAUACUGCCUAUUUCUUCAGAAUUUUCCAGACUCGGUGCAGCUACAACUCCAUUCGUUCGUUUGUUCUGACGUCAGGAGUUAUCCUCUCGGACCCACACCUGAUGAGCCUUCACGCUAUAUCGUAUUUUCGCAACAUCCUAGGUCCUGAUGUUCUGGUUGAGCCGCGGCUCCACUCCUCUCCAGCUUGGUUUGGGUUGCUCAUAUCUUAUACUCCCCCUUCAGCACUGCUGCCUGCCCUUACUGCCUUGCCGACUUAUGAAGAGAUUACCUCCCUCAUGUUUAAGCUGAACCCAAAUAAGGCUCCUGGCCCCGAUGGUCUAACUUCAGCAUUCUACAAGUCUUCUUGGAGCUUCCUCGGUCAGGAAGUUGUAGAGGCGGUAUUGCAUUUCUUCCGUCACUCCUUCAUGCCGUCUUCCACCAACUCAUCUAUUCUGACCCUAGUCCCAAAAUUUCCUGGAGCAUCCCUUAUCUCUGAGUACCGACCAGUCAGCUGUCUUAAUACCUUGUACAAAGUAGUCGCAAGACUACUAGUCAGGCGUCUUAAGCUCAUCCUCCCUUCCCUGAUUGUUACAAACCAAACAACGUUCGUAAAAGAUAGACUGAUUGUGGAAAACACUACCUUGGCGGGGGAACUUGUGAAUGGAUACCAUAGGAGACAGGGACCGAAAAGAAUCACCAUUAAGGUGGAUAUAGCAAAGGCUUUUGACACAAUCUCCUGGGAGUUUCUCUUCAACUGCCUUCACGGAUUACACCUGCCUCCUCUCCUCAUUGACUGGCUGAAAGCAUGCGUGUGUUCCACAAACUUCACUGUAGGGUAUAAUGGGAUGGUUCAUGGAUACUUCAAAGGGAGCCGCGGACUGCGUCAAGGUGACCCACUUUCCCCGUAUUUGUUUGUUAUUGCAAUGAAUGUCCUCUCUGUCAUGCUCAACCGUGCAGCCUCAGAGCUAAAGGUCAAAUAUCACCAGAGAUGUUCCUCUUCAAGACUCACCCAUUUAUGUUUCGCUGAUGACCUUCUGAUCUUCAUUGACGGAUCUAUAGACUCUGUACAGAAUGUCCUCCAGGUGCUAAAGGAAUUUGAGCUUCGUUCUGGUCUUGCGGUUAGUGUACAAAAGAGCUCCUUCUUUGCGUCUGGCCUAUCUCACCAGGAAAUGGACACCAUCAAAGCUUCAACAGGCAUGCCGAAUGGGAUCCUACCUGUCCGUUAUCUUGGAGUCCCGUUGUGCACAAAGAAGCUCACACUAGCUAACUGCGAGAUCCUAAUACAGCAAGUAAAAGCUAAGUUUAACUCCUGGACGGUCAAGACACUCUCCUUUGUGGGACGGCUACUCUUAAUUAAAACGGUUAUUGCUGGGAUCACAAACUUUUGGUGUUCAAACUUUCUGCUUCUUAUGGCCUGUAUUGCGCGAAUCAACUCUCUAUGUGGCAUGUUCUUAUGGAAGGGAUCUAUUGAAGGGCAUCACAUUGCAAAAGUAUCAUGGGAAGUGGUUACUAGGAGCAAAGACGCUGGAGGACUAGGAAUCAAGGACUUAGGCGCUUGGAAUCGGGCUUGCUGUAUCAAGUUAAUUUGGAUGCUGUUCUUUCAAGGUGGGUCAGUGUGGGUGGCUUGGUUCACUUCAGAGGUGCUUCAAGGUUCGCUAUCUAACUACUGGACUGCAAUGGAGCAACUUGUCGCUUCUGGACAGACCACUGGUCACCCUUUGGAUCAUUCCAAGACUACUUCUUACAAGACAGGGCUUCUAGACAGGGUGCAAACAUUCCUAACAACACUGGUGCUGCACGAAGGGAUGGAGGACGGCUAUGAGUGGAUUGUCAAUGGAGUGAGGUCUAAGAGAUACAAAACUGCACAGAUAUAUUGGGAGAUUAAAGGAGUAGAAGCACAGAAUCUGGUCGGAGAUUUCUCGGAGGUGCUCGACUACGCCCUCCCGAUCAUGGCAGGAUACGGUUGUGAUCUACCUAUUAUGGAGAGAGAGAAAUCAACGAUUGCACAAUCAGCGCUUCCUCUCAGAGAAUGA